AUGCCCCGAAACUCUUCGAGACGGCAAACCAGGAACAGACCUGAGACGCCCCCGCGCACCCCAUCAGUAACCAAACGAUCUCCGAUUUCGUGGAAUUACAUGGAAGAUUGCCUGCUACUGAGAGGAAUGAUCUUAGCUUUGAACGAGGGAACCCUCCCAAAGCAGGUGUUCGAGAAGCUCGUGAAGAAAAGAGGAGACGAUCGCUAUUCCGCUGAUACUGCGAGAAAACGCUAUAGAUAUCUCAGCAGCAUAUGCACAGCAGUCGAGAAGGACCGCCGCAACCUCUUUCCACAGUUGGUUAUGCCAAAGCUCGAGGCGGACAAGCACGCAGACGAUGCGUAUAUGAGUGGUCAAGAGCCAGAAGACGAUUAUUUCCUAUCACCAAGCCAAACACCAUGUUCCAAUGCGAGCACUUCUCCUUCAGUCGAGUCUUCUGUUACUCUGGCCCCAACUCCCCGCCGCAGCCGUCGGCGGAGCAGCCCUGAAGAGCCUGGCACACCCACCCGCCCAUACCGCCGUAGAGGAAGUGACCGACGGCAGAGCAGUGCUCCUUAUCAGCGUGGUGGUUCGUCGCGAACGAAUCCUCAACCUCCUGCAAGAACUCCCGCUCCGCCCAGGCGUACUCAAGGACCGAGUACCUCGCGCGGUUCUCGCCAGUCACGAUCCAGGUAUCGAACACCCGCGGCCAACCAAAAUGUCCGGUCCGAGAGCCAACAUUGGAACUUUGAGGCAAGGUUCACCCAUGAUUGA